AUGGCCACCACUGUCAGCCAGAGCCAAGAUCCCAGGUCGCCUGAAGACCACCGUUCCCACAGCCCCCAGAGCAAGAAAGAGCUGUCCCCCACGAGCUUCCUACCCAGCCUUAAGAGCUUUGACAUUGAAACGGCCAAGUACAACAAGAAUUACAACCACCAGCAGGCUCACCCGACAGAUACCAGCCCGCUGAUCGACCGCCUCGUGCUCAAGGGCGACGACAAGAUGAGAGCGUCGGCGCCUCAUACUACUGCCCAUUCGAGACUGAGUCUGCUAUCACUGGCGCCUGGAGAGUCCAAUGUAGGGGGGAAUCCGCUUAAGCUGCCCUUGGAGCCUCCGCACUUGGAUCUUUUGCGGGCCCUUCUGCUUCCUCUGGACAAGCCGUGGCCAUACUCUGAGGACACGCUCAAUGAGCUAAUCCGGCUCCGCAUAGAGCAGGAAAAAACUAAGCACGCCCAGAUCAAGCAUGAAUUGGGUCAGGUUGUGUUGGAGCUUCUUCGUGAAGCCGAGCGGCACGGAUUUUCUGGCGACUUGAUCCGUCGCUUGUUUCUCUCCAACGACUACGCCGACCCUCAAGCCUACGUCCAUUACCUCCAGAGCCAUAUCCCUGGAGCCCAAGAAGCUGCGGGUCCUGCGGGUCCUGCGGGUCCUGCGGGUCCUGCGGGUCCUGGGGUGCCCGCGGCGCCCGCGGCUGCGAAAAGAAAGAACUCUGAGGUACACACCCCUGGCACCUUGCCAGACACUGGCCUGAAGCCACAGAGCAGACAACUGCCUGAAUUGCAAAAAGCCGCCUCGGUUGGGCUGACCGUCUCGGGGCCUCCGUCGGGGCCAUCUCCCGCAGCAGCGCAAGCUAAGCUGCCUCGAGUGCCCAUGGUCCCUCAGCAGUUCUACCCAGUGUACUACGCACCGUAUCCAGAGGCAGGGCAGAGUUCGCAAGGCGGUGGUGUUUCUGCCCAGCAGCAGCAAAACACCCAAGGCUCAAGACCCAGAGGCACCCAUUCGAAGUCGGCGUCGCAGCUGGAAGAAUCAGAAAAUUUGGGCCUGCCGUACUCCCACAAAUACCCUACUGUAGUGUUCCAGUCGCUGCCGCUCCAGUACCCUCACACUUCAGGACAGAGAGGUGGGCCACUGCAGCCUCAGCUGUCGCAGCAGCAGCAACAGCAGCAUCAACAACAACAACAACAACAUCAGCAGCAGCCUCCUCACCACCAGCCCCCGCCUUACUACUACGUCAACUCGCCCCUGGGGGUCCCAGGCCCCUUGAUGCCUCUGCAGUUCCUCAUCCCACCGCCAGUGGGGACGGUGUUUCCGUGGGGCCAAGCACAGGCUCCAGUGCCUGAGCGGGAAGACAAGCCGUUGAAACGGCACAAGACAGGCAAGAAUGGCAUCAACUUUAUGAUUACUACGCCCAAGAACCCGCCGGCGAAGAAGUACAACAAGCUGUAG